AUGCACAUACGGGCUACUGAAAGACGGUUCUAUGUGAACCGGCCUUAUUGGCGGUCCGAUAGCGUAAUUGGGAAGAGUGAAGGUAUUUGUUGCAGAGGGAUGAUGUGGGUGGAUGAAAAACCUUAUCUACUCACAACACACGAGCAUCCAAAUGUGAUGGCCGACAACGUUCGGAUAAGUUCAUCGAUACGAAAUGGGAGAAAUCGGCGAUGUCAACCUCCCUUACUUCAUAAUAACUGUUGCUUUUCUGAAGAAGAACAUCAAAAAGGCGAAAAUUCCCCCUCUAUUCACAGAGAGGCACAUGGUGGGCGACAACUGGGAAUCGCUUCAAUAAGAUUGGCCGGCUUACCGGACAUUGAGUACCUGGUACAGGUGGAAGAAGAAGGACCCGUAAAGUGGCUGAAAGAUCGAUGGGAAAUAUUUCUGGAUCGUAUCAGAGAUGGGGAGAGACAGUUGGUAUUGUUGUUCGAAUACAACGGCAACAUGGAGUUCACCAUUAAGCGAUUUAAUGUCAUUGGGCAGUUAAUGUUGCAGAACCAGAAACCGCCCAACGGAUAUGAAGUGGACCGAGCAGGAACAUUGACGGGGCUAUUGGACUCCUUCAUGUGGGACGCAUAG